AUGGUGCCUCUUCCACGGAAGCGAAGGCGACGAGGAGCGUUGGUGGUGUUGGUGGUGCGACAAUGCGACGCGCAUGCGUCCGACGAGAGCGAGUAUGCCAAUGGUCGUCUCUCCUUGGAAGAAGCAGCUGUCAAUGGUCGUCUCUCCAAACGAUUUCCCAGAACUGAAAUUUUGGGUUUGGGUUCUUCUCUGACGACGAGGGUCGCCAUUGAUAGAAGGAAGUCAGCAAAGUCAGCCAGGGAUGGCGACGACGAGAGGCAGCUAGGGAUUGAGAGAUAA